AUGAGUGUACCGGCCGAUGCGAGCACCGAGGGCCUAUUCUUCAGCUCGCUCAACCCGCUUGCGCCCAUCACCAUCGUGUUGCUGCAUGCGCUGAUGGGUUCCCAUCUCGAAUGGGCCCAUUGCUGGCCCAAGCUGUCCGAGUACCACCUCCUCAUCCCCGACCUGCCGCAACACUCGCGCUCGCGGCACGUCGGGCCCUUCUCGUACCUCCUAUCCGCAGAUCUAAUCGCCAAGAUCAUCCGAGACCACGCGCACGACGGGCGCGCCCACGUUGUCGGCGUGUCGGCCGGCGGCUACGUCGCCUUGGAGCUCGUCAGGCGGCACCCCGACACCGUCCUGAGCGCGUUCGUGUCGGGCGCAGCCCCGCUCGAGGACUUCUGGAAGAGCUUCAACUCGCAGCCCAAGAUCGCCCAGAUCGGCCUGUCCGUCAUCCUGCACAGCCCCAGGAGCGUCAUGACCAAGGCCACCGGCUGGGCGCCCGAGCUGCGGAACGACGAGCUCGUUAAGGAGAUGAAGCGCAACAACACCGCGCGCCUGUACGAAACCGGCUGCCGCGAAGCGCAAAAUUGGACGCGCGAAAACCUAGAGGAGGUCGGGAGGAGAGACAAGCGGAUCGCUCUAGUCGCCAGCAGGCACGAGAAAGUCGAGCACAUACAGGAAAUGGCCCGAGUUCUGGGAGCCCUAGGCUCAGACCAGGGCCAGAAAACCCGGGCGUUCCUCGUAAAGGAUGCCAUCCAAGCUUGGAAUUUGCAGAACCCCCAGCUGUUUGCCAGAGGGAUCAGGGCUUGGGCAGAGAAGAUGCCGAUGCCGAUGGACUACGAGCCGUUAGAGGGGGAGGCCGGCGCCAACCCUCGUCGAGAGGUGCCGAGUAGAGGUCAGAGCAACCGAGGACCAAGCUCGAGCAAGUAA